CAUACCCACUGGUGUGUUCUUACAGCAGUGUAUCUACAUUAUCUCUGUGAGGGUAUGAAAGAAAGUCAUAACACCGAUGGUCAGCAGAGCAAAUGGGAGGCUGUGGAAUGGAGUUUGUAAGGAGAGGCCUUACUUUCUAUGGAAGCCCUUUCACUCUCUUCACAGUGACAUCCUGAGAGAAGAUGGGAAAAGGCUGCAAGGUUGUGGUUUGUGGACUGUUAUCUGUGGGGAAAACUGCAAUUUUGGAGCAACUUCUCUAUGGAAAUCAUACUAUCGGCAUGGAAGAUAGUGAAACAAUGGAAGAUGUGUAUAUGGCGUCCGUGGAGACAGACCGGGGAGUGAAGGAGCAGUUACACCUGUAUGACACACGAGGCCUGCAGGAAGGCGUGGAGCUGCCGAAGCAUUACUUCUCGUUCGCCGAUGGCUUUGUUCUUGUGUACAGUGUGAAUAACCUUGAAUCCUUCCAGAGAGUAGAACUUCUGAAGAAAGAAAUAGAUAAGUUCAAAGACAAAAAAGAGUUGGAUUUUAAUGACUUCAUAUCUCGAGUACCACAUAGUUCAUUUUGUGUUGUCUGGGAUCACCGUGUCCUCUGGCCUCUUACAGCCUCCUUGUUUUAUCUCCAGCCUUACCAGACAAAAGCAAGCUAGUGGCAAUUGUUGUAUUAGGAAACAAAAUCGACCUUUCCGAGCAGAGACAAGUGGAUGCUGAAGUGGCAC